AUGUCGAGAGCUUUGUUGAUCUGCGGUGCCACCGGCAAGCAGGGCGGCGCCGUGAUCGACCACCUCCUCCGGCAAAAGGCCGACUUUGAGAUCCUGGCCGUGACGCGGUACGCCGAGUCCGUCUCGGCACAGCGCCUGCUGAAGAAGUCGAAGCAGAUCAAGAUCGUACAAGGGAACAUGGCUGACCCGACGGCGCUCUUCAAGGCGGCAAGGGAGGCCACGACGAACCCAAUCUGGGGCGUCUUCAGCGUCCAGACCCCGAUGGGCAUGGACCAAGGCGGCGGCGGCGAGCUCGGCCAGGGCAAGGCGCUCGUGGACGCUGCGCUCGCCAACAACGUCUCCUUCUUCGUCUACGCCUCCGUGGACCGGCACGGCGAGGACUCGCUCACCAGCCCGACCAACAUCCCGCACUUCAUCCACAAGCACCAGAUCGAGCAGCACCUCAUCGCCAAGUCCAAGGGCUCCAACAUGGAGUGGGCGAUCCUGCGCCCCGUCGCCUUCAUGGACAACUUCACGGACAACUUCCCCGGGCGCGUCUUCAUCACCGCGUGGGAGAUGGCGCUGCGCGGCAAGCCGCUGCAGCUCAUCGCGACGACGGACAUUGGCUUCUUUGGCGCGCAGGCGUUUGUGAAGCCGGAGGAGUACAAGGGGCGGGGCAUCUCGCUGGCGGGCGAUGAGCUGACGUUUGAGCAGAUGGUGGGCGUGUUUGAGCGGACCACGGGAAGGCGGCCGGCGGGGAGCUGGAAGGUGCUGACGUGGUUGUUCAUGACGCUCGUAAAGGACUUUGGGUUGAUGUUCAAGUGGUUUCACGACGUGGGGUACGCGGCUGAUAUUUCGAAGUUGAAGAAGGAGUAUGCGGGGCUAAAGGAUCUGGAGACGUGGUUGAGGACGGAGAGCGAGUUUAAAAAGUAUAUCAAAUGA